CUAAUUUCAUAAAUAAAAAAAAUUCUUAGUACUCUGAAAUCGAAUCCACCAUCACUCUCAGUCUCAUUCUCAGUACUCUGAAUUUUUCAAUUUCGCUCUGCCUCCUCAAUAUCUCAGUUCUCUGAAUCUCUCGAUCUUGUUCUACCUCCUCAAUUUUUUUUUUGCCUCUUCUCGAUCUCUCGCUCUGCCUCGUCGAUCUCAUGCAUGAUUCAAUCGCAGACUCAAUCUCAUUCCAGUAAGGUCAAAUUAAAGGAGAUGUUUAAUUUGAGGAGGUAGGAACCCUAAAAUUGAUUGCGAUGGGGCGAGGAAAGAUUGGGAUUCGAAGGAUCGACAAUUCAACGAGCCGGCAAGUAACAUUUCGAAGAGAAGAAAUUGAUUGCUGAAGAAAGGUAAAGAAUUAUCCAUUCUCUCUGAUGCUGAAGUUGGAUUGAUUGUGUUCUACAACACUGGCAAGCUUUAUGAAUAUACAAGCACCAGGAACUUCCAUUAUUGAUUUUUUGGUGAUUUUAGGAUCCAGUGACAGGAAUUCCGACUUGGCAUCAAAAGGCCACAAUCUCUUCUAGUAAUGUACAAAAGGAGGAAUAUCAAAGAAUUGCAUAAAGCGUUGCACAGGUGCCAUGAUCAACUGCAGCAGUUCAGUCAUGUAAACAAGAAAGCGCUUGACCAGUAUAUAAAUUUUACAGAACAACGAGAGGAACUUCAGAAAAGGCAAGCUGAACUUGAUGCAGGAGAUGAGAAAAUUAGAGAGCUAAUAUCUGUACUUGAUCAACGGAAGGAUGAAUCAAUAGAGCGCACUUUCAAAGGUGUUGCUAGGCAUUUUCGAGAAGUGUUUUCUGAACUCGUACCGAGGGGUCAUGGUCAUCUGGUUAUGAUGAAGAAGAAGGAGGGUGGUCACGAUGAUGAUGAGGAUGAUGAGGUUGGUCCUCGUGAAGCAAACCCAGAGGGUAGAGUAGAAAAGUACAUUGGAGUGAAAGUGAAGGCAAGUGCAUUUCUGCUGUGCCCUUUUUACUUAUGAUUUAAAUGUUUUUGCCAGUUCAUUUAUUGGUCUAACAUUGCAGGCAAGUGUACAAUUUUUUUGUUUGAUGUGCAUCAGGUGAACUUGAUUGACUGGUUUGAGGGAAUAGUAAUAAGUCAUCACAGCGAUGAGCUAGUCAAACGGAUAAAUACAUUUUUCUAGGAUUAGUAUAAGGACUAAGUUCUUUAUGUAUAUAGUAUAUUUUUUCUUUUCUUUUUUAUAUGGAAUGUUUAUAAAGUUUAAGUGUUAUAAGUAUUUUUUCUUUUUCCAUUUUAUUUACAUCAUAAAGAAAAUUUGUACAAUGAUUAUUGAUUAAUGAAAGUGGCUAUAAAAAUUUUAUUUUGU